AAUACAUCAAGCUAUUACCUGCAACAAUUUUUUUCCGUUAGCAUCCUUUUUCUCCUCCACUUCUCUACUUUUCAAUACCUUUCUGUCUUCGAAAAUCUAAGAUCCGACAUCUGUUCUCGUGGGUGAGUGGAAAUCUUGAGCCUCCGUCAUGGCCGAUGUGUCGCUGAAAAGGCCUCACCCGGAGGAUGAAGAAUCAAACACACAGAAGAGAUCACGGUCCAACAAUGGCUCUCCUAUGCCAGGGGCCAAUGGCGCCACCGGGGGAAAGGUUGACAUCGAGAGCAUGGUCGCUCAGGCCAGGGCUAAGGCUGAGGAAGUCAGAGCCAGGCUGCAAGCUGCGAAAGGCGGCACUGGAUCAGCUUCCCCCAGCCCAGCACCUCCUCCUGCUGCUGCUGCCACUAGCACUGACAGUGCAAGGUCGCGUAUCGAACAGAUGAGAGCAAGAGUUGCAGCUGCAACUGGGAAAGUCAACGCUACAAACCAACAGAGACCAACCCCCACGCCGAUUCCUCAACCACCCGCUCGUUACGAAGAUGAUCUGUCAAAGGCACGCGGUGGGUUGGGAGUAGGUCUUCACCCGGCACUUUUAGCAGACUCUACUCAAGAUCAACGAGGAGUAAAAGGACGCAAUGCGCCACAGCCUAGAUUUGGAUCCACGGCGAACCGCCGAACAGAGUCGCCCGUUCCAGGCUCCAAAGGUGGGAGGGAGAAGCCAGGACUCGAUCUUUCUGGGCCAUCUCUAGAGGAAAUUCGACAGAACCCAUAUUAUGAUAACAGUCUCCACGCCACGUCGAAGCCUCGUUUAUCUAAACAACUCGUUUUUAAUCAGAAAGGCAAAUAUAUCGCGCAGGCGGCCGCUCUGCGUCGUCAAGCGCAGAUGGAAGAGAUGAAGAAACGAAUCGCCAAUAUGGCGCGUCAGGCUGGUGUAGAUGAGGACAUGGGAAUUGAGAGAGCCUUCGAGGUUCCAGAGCCACCUGCAAUUGAAUGGUGGGAUGAGGGGCUGGUUAAUGGAGAAAGUUACGCUGCAAUUGAUGAUCCUAAGAAUAUCAAAGUCGGUACGGACGACUCGCUUGUCACGCUUUAUAUUCAACAUCCUGUCUUGUUAGCGCCACCUCAGGAGAAAUUGACUCCAGCACAAAAACCCAUGUAUCUCACCUCCAAGGAACAAGCAAAACUUCGUCGACAGCGCCGCAUGGCAGAUUUGAAGGAACAACAAGAGAAAAUAAGAAUGGGCUUAGUACCCGCACCGCCACCAAAGGUCAAGAAGUCCAAUCUCAUGCGUGUUCUUGGUGAAGAAGCUGUGAAAGAUCCUACUGCCGUAGAAGCGCGUGUGAAUCGUGAAAUUGCAGAGCGACGUGAACAGCAUGAAGAGGCAAACCAAGAUCGCAAGUUGACUAAGGAACAACGGCGAGAAAAACUAGCCGCUCAGCAAGAAAAGGAUGCCGAGAAAGGCAUCUAUGUGUGCGUGUACAGAAUCGAUAAUCUCGCGAAUGGCCGCCAUCGAUUCAAGAUCGCGAAAAAUGCAGAACAAAUGGCAUUAACAGGACUUUGUGUGAUGCACCCGAGGCUCAAUUUGGUUAUCGUUGAAGGGGGGGCUCACUCUAUCAACGCAUACAAGAAGUUGAUGCUUAAUCGUAUUGAUUGGACUGAAAACUCGGGUCCCACACCACAAAGAGAGGGAAGUCGCGAGUCAUUGGCAUCGUGGCUGAACCCCGAAGACGAAAAGGGUGAAUUACAGGAUCUCAGUUCCAAUACAUGUAUUUUACUUUGGGAGGGUCAACAGAAAGCGAGAGCGUUCCGCAAAUGGUUGGGAGCUCGAGUUUGUGAAACGGACGCAGCUGCUAAGGAUACUUUGUCUCGGGCGAAGAUGGAAAACUUUUGGACUUUGGCGAAAAGCUCCAAGCAGGCUGUUUAUUAAGUGAUGUCAAUGACUUGAGAUAUUGCGACUACCGAUGGAGUCACUAUCAUUUCAUGCUAUUUGUAGCAACUCACGAACUCUAAUGGUUCUUACGUACUUAUUAACACAGUUGUAUAAUAAUAUCAUGAUAUAGCGAUUAAAGGAAAUAACAUUAGAAUAUAU